UACCUAUCUAGAUAUGUCGCUUUGAAACUUUGUACAAGUGCAGGGUACUGAUUAGUCUUCAACAAAGGUACCGUAACUACUUAGUACUUAGUUGAAUAAAAUUGGUAUCUACUUAUCGUUGACGAUUUGGUGUGAAAGUAUCAAGUGUAGGAUUAUAGUUUACAAUGAAGCGAAGCUUCAACAUGCUUCUCAUUAUUAUCCUUGUCGGUAUUGUGUACGACAGUCAUGGAGCAAAUAUCUUGGUGUAUCUUCCUUCGCUAGCCCCAAGUCAUGCUAAGCCAUUUUAUCCUCUUUUUAUAGAGUUGGCAAAACGAGGUCAUAAUGUCACAAUGCUGAGUAGGUUUCCUUUGGAUACGAAGAUUGAGAACUGCACGUAUUUACCAAUUAGCGAUUUGUAUCCAAUGCCAAAAAAUGGUUUCGCAUAUUUCCAAGAGUUAACUCGCGUAGAAAAUUACAUUCAAAUGCACAAUAUAGCAAGCGAUGUCGCCGUGGGAAAUAAAGAUGAUCCCAACACUCGAUUUAUAUUUCAAUCCAAAUCUAAUAGCUUCGACAUAGUCAUGACACAGUUGUAUCAUAUGGAUAGUUGUUUCGCUUUGGCUGGCCAUUUUCACGCGCCAAUCAUAGGACUAUCUUUCCAAUCUAUGGUGCCAGUAUACAACUGGAUACUUAAAAAUCCGAUGCAAUUCUCGUACAUUCCUCACUUGUAUUUACCCUUCAGCGAUGACAUGGAUUUCGUGCAACGUUUGUCCAACACUCUAUUCGGAGUAUUUAGCGUACUUUUUUAUCAUAUCGUUUCACUGCCUAAGUAUCAGAGUAACGUAAACACCAUGAUGAAAUCGGUAAACAACGCUGACGAAACGCUAAAUUUCGAACAACUCACCCAGAAUUUAUCACUCAUUUUAGUAGAAUCCCAUUUUUCGGUAGACUUCCCGAAACCUAAUUUACCAAAUGUGAUUGAUGUUGCUGGAAUCCAUAUAACACCUCCGAAGCCACUACAAAACGAUAUCGCGGAUUUCAUCGAUGGGGCCAGAACUGGUAUCAUUUAUAUCAGUUUGGGAACAUUAAUCGAUCCAAUAACGAUGACCGCUUUUGGCCAGAAAUUAUUCUCUAUACUGAAAAAAUUUCCCGAACACAGGGUUAUAUGGAAAUGGAAUCCAAAACUAGUGAAGAAUCGUCCUGACAAUUUUUUAAUACGUGAAUGGCUACCUCAAGCUGACAUCCUGAGACAUCCAAAAACAAAAUUAUUCAUUAGUCAUGGAGGGCACCACAGCGUAAUCGAAUCAGUACACGGAGGAGUUCCUAUAUUGUGUUUUCCAUUUUUCACUGACCAACACCACAGCGCGGCUGUAAUUAAAAAAUACGAUUUCGGCUUACAGGAAGAUUUGGAGGCUAAUGAACACGACAUUCUUGAAAAAAUCCAGCAAUUGCUCUUUCAUAAAAAAUACGCUGAAAAUGCGAAGAAGCAGUCGAUUAUACUCAAAGAUCGUCCAAUGAAUCCCAUGAACUUGGCAGUUUACUGGACUGAAUACGUAAUCCGUCAUAAGGGAGCUCUUCAUUUGAAAUCUGCAGCUACACAACUGAGCUGGUACAAGUAUCUUUUAUUGGAUGUUGCUGCGUUCUGCAUUUUCUUCAUUUUAUUGUUUAUUUACAUUAUGAAAUUUAGCUUGGCCAUUUUAUAUAAAUCAUAUUCGAAGAUAUCUUUGCGUAAACUCAAGAAGUGUUAAAAUACCAUUACAAAUGAGAUGAAGUAACUA